CCUAUUAUCUAUACUUGUUGUUUGCUUGCAGUCAGAAAAGAAAAACAAAGAAAAUUGAUUUAAUAGCCAUCGCGGAUAGAUUAGGCACCCUGGUGGAGAUGGCGCUCCAAAUAGCGCACAACAACCGCGACGGCCGGCUUGGGGGCCCUGCUCCGGGCCUGGUGGAAGUGUACGUGCUGUUCGUAAACACGACCAACCGCACUGUGGAUCUCUACUGGGUGUGCGAGAGGGACCGGGAGAACAUAUACCUAACGCUGAAGCCCUUCGAGGAGGUGCGCGUUAAUACCUUCAGUACGCACAGCUGGUUCUUCCGCGACUACUACACGGGCGAGCGGAUGCACGUGCGCUCGCGUAGAAUCUUCCAACCGGUCCGGGUGCGGGUGCCCAAGAACCCGCAGCAUCCGGACCAACUCUGCGACGUCCGCAGCCAGGUGCUGAUCCACUUCCCCAUCCGAUCGCUGCGGGAGAACUGCCUGUGGCUCAUCGCCCGCUGGCUGAUACGAACGAGUAACACGCCGCGUCGGGUCAUAGCCGGCUACAACAUACCGUCGACGCUGAAGCAACAGUUGCUCCUGCUGCUGACCACCAUUGAGUCGUAUUCCCGCGUCGCUGGCACCCGACGGAGGCGUUAGGAUGAGGGUGGGAACCCAUAACAAACUCGUAGUUAAGCAAAUUUUGGGCGGGUUAAGGAAUGAGAGCCAAGCUUGAUUUCCAAAUAAUUUAAUAAGUUUAAUUUUAAUUGAUUUUUAUCCUGGCUUUGCUUUUUGUUUUGUUUCAUUACGUUUUUUUUGUUACUUAUGUACAAAUUGGCUUGCAUAGAGCGUUUUACAGGUUGGAUUUCUACAAUUGCAUUGAUUUUUUGUAUCUUUAACAGAUUCUUUAGAUGUACUUACGUUCUAUGUAUAUAAUUAUAUAUAUUUAUAAACCUAAUGUGAAACAAUUGUGAAUAUUACAUACACAUAGGCGCAAUUCCCUAGGUCUAGAUGCUUCAGAUGCAAAUACAUGUAAAUGGUAUGUCUGCAGUUA